AAACAUACGCUAUCGGGGCUAGUCGCGCGCCGCUAUUGUGGAGGGAGAAUGUGCGACUUAUCUGACACCAUGAACAGCCAGAAGUUCUGCCUCAAGUGGGACGGCUUCCAGGGCAGCGUGACAUCGCUGUUCAACAGCCUGCGGCAGAAGGGCGAGCUGGUGGACAUCACGCUCUGCUGUGAGGGCGAGCAGCUCCGCGCCCACCGCAUGAUGCUCUCCGCCUGCAGCCCCUACUUCCGCGAACUGCUCAAGGGUCUGCCAUGUCAGCAGAUGGUGAUCUUCCUGAAGGACACGUCGGCCGCCGACCUGCGGGCCGUCAUCGAGUUCAUGUACAAGGGCAGCGUGAACGUGGCCCAGAGCCAGCUGGCCAGCUUCAUCAAGACGGCCGAGAUGCUGCAGAUCAGGGGCCUCAGCGGAGAGGACGACAAGCCACCGACGCCCGCCGAGCCGGCG